AUGCAACUCACGACAGAGGAGAAAAUAGAGCUCGGGCUCAAGGACCAGGGGUCAGUCAAUCCUGCAUUUACGGGCAAAGACAGUGAUGAACAGCCACAGCUGACAGUGGACGUUGAGGAGCCACACACGGAGGUCCUGGAGGAGACUGUGGACAAAGGUGAAGAUUUGGUUUACUCCCUCAAUGACAGGCCACCAUGGUACCUCUGCAUUCUGCUUGGCUUCCAGCAUUACAUCCUCGCUUUCGGCGGCAUCAUUGCAAUCCCACUCAUCCUGGCUGAGCCUCUGUGCAUUAAGGACAACAACGUCGCCAAAAGCCAGCUCAUCUCCACCAUAUUCUUUGUGUCAGGGUUAUGUACACUGCUACAGACGGCUGUUGGCACCAGGUUACCGAUCCUUCAGGGUGGGACCUUCAGUUUCAUCACUCCGACCCUUGCCAUUCUCGCUCUGCCGAAGUGGCAGUGUCCAUCCCCAAACUCCCCAGUUAUGGUGUCCAUCAACACGGAGAAUGGCACCAGACUCAUAGAAGAUUCUGAUGAGGUCUGGAUGUCACGAAUGCGUGAGAUCCAGGGAGCCAUCCUGGUGUCGUCUUUGCUGCAAAUCUUCCUGGGCUUCUCCGGGCUGGUGGGCCUGGUGCUCAAAUAUAUAGGCCCUCUGGCUAUCGCUCCCACCAUCAACCUAAUCGGCCUGUCGCUGUUCAUUGAGGCUGGAAAGAAGUCUGGAGGUCACUGGGGAAUAGCUGCUCUCACCGUCUGCCUGAUCCUCCUUUUCUCCCAAUAUCUCAGCAAAGUCGAUGUCCCAAUGAUCGCGUACAAGGAUAAGAAGUGGAAGGUUUUCCAGUAUCCACUGUUCAAGCUCUUUUCUGCUUUGUUUGGGAUGUGUGGCAGCUGGCUGAUCUGCUUCUUACUGACCAUCUUUGACGUCCUGCCUUCAAAGUCUAAUGAGUAUGGCUAUUCAGCCAGGACCGACAUCAGCCUGGACGCUGUGGCAAACUCCCCAUGGUUCCAUGUACCUUACCCUGGUCAAUGGGGUAUGCCAACAGUAAGUGUGUCUUCAGUGUUGGGUAUGAUGGCAGGCGUCUUGGCAUCUACCAUGGAAUCAAUCGGUGACUAUUAUGCUUGCGCUCGCUUGUCCGGUGCCCCUCCACCACCUACUCACGCCAUUAACCGAGGUAUUGCUGUAGAGGGCAUCGGCUGCAUCAUGGCUGCACUGUGGGGAACUGGAAACGGCACCACCUCCUAUAGCCAGAACAUCGCUGCACUAGGCAUUACCAAGGUUGGCAGCAGACUGGUUCUCCAGACGACUGGUAUUCUCAUGAUCAUACUGGGAAUCUUUGGGAAGUUUGGAGCAGUUUUUAUCACCAUCCCAGACCCGGUCAUUGGAGGCAUGUUCCUCGUAAUGUUUGGAAUGAUUGCAGCUGUUGGGAUAUCCAACCUUCAGUAUGUGGACCUGAAUUCAUCCCGUAACCUCCUCAUCCUCGGCUUCUCUACCUUCAGUGGACUUGUUUUACCCACCUGGUUUCACUCCAAUCCUGGCAUCAUUGACACAGGAAUAAAAGAACUGGACCAAGUGAUUGUUGUGCUCUUCACUACCCACAUGUUCAUCGGAGGAUUCCUUGGGUUCAUCUUGGAUAACACCAUUCCAGGUACCGAAAAAGAGCGGGGCAUCAAGAGCUGGCAGGAGAAGGUGCACCAGGAGGGCAAAAAAAUGUGUGACCAAUCUUGCUAUGAUAUCCCUUUCUGCAACGGUAUUUUGAAACGCUUUCGAUGUUUUCAGUACCUGCCCUUCCUCCCUUCUUAUAAGACCAACCAAUAG